GAGGUACAUGUCAUGUCAUUCAUAUUUUAUUUCAUUUUAUUUUGUGAAUUCCUGAAAAUCGGGUACCGAUCGAGUUUAGUCUGAUUUCAUGAAUCUUACGUUGUGGUAGUUCUUUGUUUAUUAACAAUCGUGUGACGAACAUGGCUCUUUUAAUUACGCUAAUUUCAGUGAUUUGAUUUUGUUAAAUUUUUGUGGUAGUCCCUACCUAGAUAAUAUGUGCGGAGUGUUUCUCUAGUGUUUGUGGGUUUUCUAUUUUGGACACAAAAUUGGAGCUAAAUAUAAUUUCGAGUUGUCUUGUGAUGUAUUGCUGAAGGAAGAUCUGAUAAUUGCAAAUGGCGUCAGCGGUCGUCAAAAAGCACAGACUGAAGCGCAUAAAAUCCCUGGAUUGACGCUUAAAAGAUGAUCAACCACGAACGCCGUCCAAAAUCCAAUAGAAAUCAAAAAGCAAUUAUUGUAAUACAGACGAGCUUACAAACAAUACCAACCUUCUACGGGAAAUCCCCAAAACUUUACACCAAUUUAUUCGCCUCCCGGAAGGUUUUUCGUUCGUUUCGUCUACCCGCAUUCUACGGGGUAUCCCAGAAGCUUUAAGUAGUUCGUUCGAAAUUUAAAUAUAUCGUUGCCUUCGUAGCUGUAGAUCCCUCAUUGGUCCAAUCUAUUGUAAAUAGGUCUCUCUAGUGAUUUGUUUGUCAUAUUUAGAUGUUAAUUGGAUGUUUGGUUAAGUGAAAUCAAAAAUGGAGAAAGCUGAAGUUGAAAAGUGUUCAAGUGGGGAAGAAGCACAUCUCUCCAGGAAUAGGAGUUUCAAAUCGAAACAACUCGUCCGCUCGCAGGCUAUCCGUGAAGCGGCGUCACCUCCGCGUACCGCAUCUCCCUACUCCAAGCCGGAGGACCCCAGCGAGGCUAGCUCCAACCUCGGCGACGACGGUGGUGAUGACAGGAAACAGCCCGUGCAAAUACAGAUAACAUCAGGCGGCUGGGAGAACGACAGUUAUACCGACCAGAGGCUCCGCACCAAGAGAUGGCUGGGCCAGCGACCACACUCGGAUUCUUCCAGGGAUCUUCUGUCGUACAACCCCAGAGUGACUUGUGUCUGUGGCCAGUGCGCAUGCCCGAAUUGUAGAGGUAAGAGAAGACACAUAUGCGCCGUCAAGCAAGACUCAGGGAUCGUUUGUUCUGUCGACUGUCCGGACUGUGAUAAUAUUGGAACAAACGGCAAAGCUGCUAACGAGGAGGCAGAUGAUCAGUCUUUUUACUGUCGGUGUCCCGAGAGGCGGGAGAGACCAAAGAAUAUAAGUGGAAACGAUGCAGACGACAAAACGGAACUGUCGGACACCGACUUGGUGAACUUCAUAAAGGACACGCUGAACAAGAAUCCCAAAGACAGGAUCACACUGUUGAAGAUCGAGAAGGAGCUGCAUUCGCUCGUCAAUGACUCAGGCCGGUGCAUUGUUCGGUUCCCGGUGAUGACGUCAUACGGGCGUAUGCUUGUCCACCGAUGCGCUGGGCUGUUCCAACUAGCUCAUCAUAUUGACCACUCCAACAAGACCUGUGUUGUUGUCUCUAAGAACGGGACCAGCGGCGGCAGAAUUCCAUGCACGAGCUUCAAGCAGUGGUGCAGUCGAGUGUUCCCCAGGUCUCCGCCGAGGGCACACGACGAUACUCUAGCCAAGUCGAUAUUGAAGCGAGCGGGUGGCAGUAGCGAAGACGGUGCCGGCAGCGGCAGUGACGUCACGCGCAGCAAGUCCCUAGAGCAGAGGGAGAAAGAUUAUGAGCGAGUGAGACGAAGGAUAUUUAGUACGGAUAAUUGUACGCAGGACGAGGGUCAAUGGCCGUGGAUGGGAUCUGGUCCUGUGAAAUUGUUGACGCCGGAACUCGGGAGAAACAAACUAGUAAAGGUACAAUCACUAGAGACUCGUGGCGAUGGUGCAACUAGAGGGGUGGUGUCGAAGAGUCACAGCUUCGGAGGCUACACCGCUGAACCCAGCCAGCCCAGGGUUCUGAGCAGACAAGGCGAUCUGGCUUCCAGCAGUUGGCGGUUGUCACCUUCCAGUUCAGGUUACAAGACGCUAAGUCUUCGCAGUACUGACUCAAUCACGCCGUCACCCACUGGUGGCGCCAGUCCGGAGCCGGGAAGUGAAGCCGCGACCCUCGUGUGGGCAGUAACGGAUAUCGCGGCAGUGCCGCCGGGAGCUAUCGUUAUCCAUCCACAGACUGGCAGACCACUGACCAACCCGGAUGGGUCACUUUAUCAUUUUGACCCAGCAAAUCCGCCCGCUAUAUAUACACCAGAAAAUGAAAAGACAGAAAUAAACGAAAAGCGAAGAGGCAAACUGGAAAAGCAGCACUCUUUCAUUGACGCUGAGAGUGAUUGCGCGUCAGAGGAGUGCCGCAAGUGUUGCUGCGAUUGUUCUGGAAAUGGCAGCUGCGAAAAGUGUGCGAGUGAAAAGAUGUCGCCACAAGAAUCAAAAGUUAGUUCAAUACCCAACAGCCCGUCCAAAGAACCAAAGACUAAAGAGGAAAUAACACCACAGCCUAUUGAGCCUAUUGAAACCAAAGACAACAUCUCAGUAUACGAAGUUGAGCCACACAUAGCAGAGAAUAUAGAAACGAAAUUCGAACGCGAGGAAGUAGAUAAUAAACAGUUUGAACAAAAGUUCGAAAUUCAAAAACAGUACGAACCGAAGCCGGCCAAUCAGACGCCUCAAUUGGAGCCGGCAAAUCAGCAAUAUUACAAGCCAGCCAAUCAGCGCGUGUUCGAUAGUUAUCGGGCAAACAAAAUUGCGGAAAACCAAGCUGUAAUAUAUCCGAGUCAAGAAAUGGUGUAUCAAAACUAUGGACAGGAGAUGAUUUACGGGAAUGAUGAGUUGCAACAACAGCAAGCAAUGGCCGCUUACAACUCGGAAAUGGCUGAGCUGCAAACGAUGAUGUCUCACGCCAAAAUCACGCCGCAGCCUGAUCCAAACAUACGUCCGAUGUCAAUAAACAAUAUGAUGUACCCGAAUAUGGCGACCCCAUACCAAUACGUCAGUCCCUGUAGAAUUGAUCAAAACAUGCAGGCCACUCUAUAUCAACCGAUGCUGGAAGAACACAAACAUUUAGCGGCCCAACAGGCGGACAACACGUUUCGGAUAGAUCCCAGCUACCCUUACCCAACAGAGUUCAACGCCUAUGGUGGAUGCCCUGAACCUCUGAUACAGCAGCGAGGUUACAACAUGGCGUACGGUCAAGUGGAGGCGGCCAUGAUGCCCACGUAUCAAGUACCCAAUGUUAUUAUACAACCACACUUACAGCACUAUCCGUAUCAAGAAGGUGUUCAGUGGCAGCCCAUACAGGUUGGAAGCGCCGCUUCAAAGCUGAUGCUGCAAGAUGUAUACCCUCGUGUUUGUCACGGAGUCUAUCAGCCCUACAACGUAGUUUAUCCCCCGGUAAUACCACAGCCCUAUCCAAUAUGCCAGCCAGUUUACCCCAUAACAGAGAAACCCCCCGACCCUCGGCGGAACACCGCUACUCCGAGAAAACGAUCCCUUCCCAACUCCUCGAGAAAUACCCCACAAAUAGCACCGACAAGUUCUAGCAAUAGUGCCCCAGUACAGAAAGAGGAUAGUGAAAUAUCCGCGAAGAUACAGCAAAUAAAGGAGCAGAUAGAGAGUGGUAAUAAGGAAAGAGAGAAGAGAGAAGGAGAGCUGCGGAGGAAUAGUGGGAGUGGCAUCCUGGGGAGUUAUCCGGUGAACAAUAAUUUUAAUGGCAGGGUUUCUGGUAGACCGACGCACGAAGAAAGUCAGCUCAGCUCGGCAGCGCGUGCUAUCGUCAACUCCAUACGAAAUAUACAGGCUAAGAACAAUAGCUAUAACGACAGCCGCAAGUUCACCGAGAAUAGAAUCGAGCGCCCCGAGUACCGGCGGCCGUACCGCGACGACAAGGAUAGGAGCGAGUACCGAGCCCAAAGAACGGAUAGGAGCGAACGAGACAGGAACAGAGGCGUGUUCCGGGACCCCUUCCCCGUGCAGUACAGACCGCCCUAUCUGCUGCGACAGAUGACGCCCGGUACUUGGUGUAGACGCUCGCCGGGACCAGUUCAUCCUGUGCUAAAUCCGCCGCGGCGACCAUACCCGGACACGAGAACGCCUCGCCGCUAACCACACAGCAAUAUAAUAGUUGAUAUUACAUAUCCUUCUGUAGGUGAAUUCUUCGAUAGAGAUCUCUCAAUUGGUUUCAAUAGUCGUGCGAAUGCUUCUUAUGUAGACGAUUUUGUUGUGUAUGUAUGGCAUUUUGUCAAAUGGUGUUUUUAUAUAUAUUAUGACUCCGACUGUACCUAAAUUUUACUUUCAAUUUAGACACCGAUAAAUUAUGUACAAGUUUUUUGUUUUUAAUAUGAUAACCCUCAAAUUAAAUUAAAUUAAUUUGUGUUAUUAAUCCCAGAAUUGAGGGUUUAUCACUUUAAAAAAUAACAGUUUGGAUUUGAAAGAGCGACAUCUUAAGUCAAUUUCCUUGCACUAGUAAUAAUAAUAAUAAUAUUGACACACUUUUUACACAAAUUAUCUUGCCCCAAGUUAAGCAUAUAUAUAGCCUGUGUUAUACUUAAACAUACAUAUAUUCAUAUAAACAUACAUAAAUACAUUUAAACAUCCAUGACUCGGAAACAAACGUCUAUAUUCAUCAUAUAAAUGCUUGCUACACUAGUGAUAUAGAGAUUUCUGGUGUUUAAAUCCUACUAAUAUUAUAAAUGUGAAAGUUUGUAUGUCUGGAUGUAUGUUUGAACUUCUUUAACGCAAAAUCUACUGAAUAGAUUUUGAUGAAACUUAACAAUAAUAUAGCUUACACACCAGUAUAAAAAAUAGGCUAUAAUUUAUAAAACUAUAGUGUGAAUUAUACAAAAUAUAAAGAAGUGUGAUUGUUACUAAUGAAUACAACUAGCGCCAUCUCUUAUCAACUAGCAAGCACAAGAUCAAUACAAUUUAUAUGGCAAAACAACGUUUGCCGGGUCAGCUAGUCUGAUAUAAAGCUAUAUCUCAAACGACUGCAAUUAUAAAUUAAAUGAGUUAGAAAAGACGGGUAAUGAAGUAAGAAACUUCACAUUGAUCAAUAAAAUAAAAUACUUUUCAAUAAGGUUAUUACGCGUGUUAUUGUAAUUGUACUUUUACAGUAGGUUUUUUGUGUAAAAUUUACAUUUUUAUUGUUAUUUAUUUAACCCGCCGUUUCGUGAUGUUUGCAGCAUCACGUUUUGCGAGGGACUCUUACGCAAAAACCUAACGUACAAAUAUAAUUACACUAGCUUUGGCCCGUGACUUCGUCCGCGUGCAAUAGUUACUUUGGGCAGCAUUAUAUUUUAAAUACUCACUUUGCAAAUAAUACACAUUAAAACUGUUGUGGUUAAUACAUUCUUAUAAGCUACAAACUAUGUGGAACUUUCAUCCCCCAAUAGGUGUAAAUUGUAAAAACGCUAGAAUAAUUUUUUUUUUUUUUUUUUUUCAAGUGCUUAAAUACAAUGUUUCAUGGCACUAUCAUCUACAAUUACAAACUUCCACCCUUAUUUCAACGCCUCCAAGCCUUUUAUUCGCGAUAAAAGUUAGCCUAUGUUCUUUCCCAAGCUCUUGUCUAUCUCUGUACUAAAUUUCAUCAAAACUGCUUCAGUGGUCUAGGCGUGAGAGCGUAACAAACAAACUUACAUUCACGUUUAUAAUAGUAGUAGGGAUUUACAUGCGUUUCAAAUCCUUUAAAAAGUAUUUUAUUUAAUUCGCGUUAAUCAAAGAAAAUACUUAUAUAGUGAUAAUGAACCAUUUGACAAAAUGUUUAGACCUUAAGUUUUAUAGCAGAAUGAUGUCUGAAUUACAAGUUAUAAAUAUAAAUACGGUCCGAGACGUAAACUACUGUUUUGGGCACUAGAUGUCGCUAAAUAAUCCGGAAAAUAGUUCAAUUAAGAUAAUUUAUUUAUUGUCAAAAUGUCCAAGAGCAGUUAAGUAACAUCAGCGACUCAAAGGUAGUUUUCGGUCAGGUACACGUCGAAAAAACGUGAAUCGAAGCGAAAAAAUGGUAUCAUCACGUAGUAUGUAGUAUCAAUUGGAUUUUAUAACAGUGAUUUUAGUAUGGGAAUAAGACAAUACCGAUGGCUCAUCUAAACUUUAAUAUAAUAGAGGAAAUAUUUGGUUUUUGUAUGUGUGUUUGUAAUUCAAAUUCAAAUAUUUUUAUUCAAAAUAGGAUGUGACAUCACUUAUUGAAAGUCAAAAACUACCACCCAUUCCAAAAUGAAUGCCUCACACCUGAGAAGGACGGGCGCAACAAACUCACCGGGCUUUUUUUUUUUCAUCGAAAAAAUAUCUUUACAAAGUAGUAUUGUACAAUUAAACUUAUUAUUUAAUAGCCUGAGGGCGGUCACUCCAUUCCCAAUCUGUGGUAUCAUUAAGAAAGUCAUUUAUGUUAUAGUAACCUUUACCACACAAACGUUUUUUAACAAUUCUUUUGAAUAACGCAAUACGUUUGUUUUGAACAUUUUCAUUGUUUUCACACACAAACUACUCGACCGAUUUCAAACUUUCUAUCACCAUUAGAAAGCUGAAUCUUUACUGAGUGACAUAGGCUGUAUAACAUUAUAAAAAUAGAGAUCCCUAAAUAAAAUGUAAUAAUAUAACCCACAAAUGUGUGAAAAAAAUUGUCAUAAAAAAUCUGUCGUUGAUGAUAGAACAAAAAAAACUCUACCCUACGAUAUUAUUCAAUAUCUACAAAAAAGUCCGCGAUGUCAUAUGUCCAACUAUUGUAGUUAUUCCAUUUUAUAAUAUAAAAAUUCAAUUUUUGCAUGUCUGUUACUGCUAAUCUUAAGUAUUAGAUUGAUUUAUUUGAAAUUUUGAAAGUCAGAGUAGUUUCCCAUUGAUAUGGUUUCCAUAGAAUUCACUUUGCCGUAACUCGUUAUUACGUUACGUGGCAGCUUAUACACUGGUACUUUUUUGACUUACUCGUAUAAGGCAUUACUUUAAAGUUUAAAGUAUUUGACGUUUGAGUAUUUUUAUUGCGUCACUUUACAUAUUGAAAUGAUUUGUAAAAUGAUGAAGCUGUAAAUGUUGAUUUAAAAGAGUAACAAUGAGUUUCUUGCCACUUCUUCUCAUUAAAGCUCAACCUCUUGCGAAAUGGCGGCGAAUUUAAAAAGAAAAGAAAACUUGACAUACAUAAGUGUCACUUCCAUGACAUACAUGAGUAAAGUGAUUCAGAUUUUGUUUUGAUUUGAUUUGUACGUCGUUCAACUGAUCCAUCUGCACGUGCAUUAUUUUCAAAUUAUAUUUUAAGCUAUUGCAUAGCUUCUAUCGCGGGCCUUGAGCGUGGAGACCGAAUCCAGAAAUUCCGUAACGAAAAUAACCUAACACUUACUUACUAGAUCUAUAUAGAUAUUUCGCCACGGUCAUUACAUUAAAGGUCCCAGGUUCGAGCCUGGGGUACGUCUUGAUUUUAUUUAAUUUCUUUAUUUUUUUUUAUCACGUUUUUUUAAGUUUUAUUAUUAUGACAAGAAUUUUUAUUUAGUUUCACCUGUCCCGUUGUCUGUCUGUAAUCAAAUCUUGCAAGUAAAAUUUUACUCACUUCCCGUUAGCUUUUUUUUUUUAAAUUAAUUUUAACAAAAAAAAAAUACUGCAUAAAUAAAAUAAUUAAUUACAAUUGCAUAAGUCGAUAAAAAUGCUAUGCAAUAGCUUUACCGCGGCAGUCCCGGAGUGCCACACGUCUUUUUUUUAUUUAACAAGAGACAUAAUAUACAGAUCGCUUAUGCAUCGAGUUGAUAACAUUUUUUCUAGUUUCGCAAGGCAGAGGUUAUGUCGGUCGGUUUUAUGUAAAUAUGUAGAAUAUUAUGUUUAUGCAAAGCGCAAAUUUCUAACGGGUUAUUUUUCUGUUGCAUAUAAUAUGAUAUAGUCGUACCGAUAUUUUUCAAGUUAACAGCAGGUUUAAGGCUGUAUAUGCCGCUUACAUUACACUUUCAAUAGCUCUACGUAAACAAUUUGUUAUUUUUUUAAAGUGAUAACCCGAACGGUUGGCUUAUUUGGAAGAGCACUCGCACGGAACGCGAGAGGUCGUGGGUUCGAGUCCCGCAUCGUUCAUAAAAUUUUGUUUUCAAAUUUUAUUUGUGUAUUAAUCCUAGAAGUGAGGGUAUCACUUUAAAAACAUAACAAAUCGUUUAGUUUUGCCAGGUUUCGUGGCUUCGAGUCCCGCAUCGUUCAUAAAAUUUUGUUUCCUUUGUGACGUAUUGUAAAGAAAUUGAUUAAAAAUUAAUUGCGUGAGUAUAUUGUGUACAGUCAGAGAUAAAAAUAUUGGACAAGACUGGAAUUUGUUCAUCUUUAAAUGCAAAAACAAGCUGCAUUGAAGAUAUCAACAUAACUAUAAAAAUGAGAAAAUAUUUUUUUUGUUGACUGUACUUGUUGAUAUUACCUCUUACUUAUUAUUGCUAAACGGAAGAAUUGGAAUUCUUAUGGUAUUCUUAAAAAAAUAAACAAUUUGUUAUGUUUUAAAGUGAUAACCCUCACUUUUGGGAUUAAUUACACAAAUAAACUUUAAAAUCAAAAUUUAUGAGCGAUACGGGAAUCGAACCCGCGACCGUGUUUAGAUUUGCAAGAGCGACAUCUCAAGUCAAUUUCAAUUGGGAUCGAGCAGGCUAUUAAGUGUAAAGUAGAUCCUAUAGAUGAAGCCACAACCUGAGAGUUGAACAAGACAAGAUUUAUCAACGGUACUCGGUCACUCGAACGGUUGGCUUAGUUGGAAGAGCGCUCGCAUGGAACACGAAAGGUCGUGGGUUGGAAUCCCGCAUCGAUCAUAAUUUUUUUUUUCAAAUUUUAUUUGUGUGAUUAAACAUAACUAUUAUAAUUAAAUUUCAAAAGAAUUUCUGUUAAGAACGAGUUGAACUUGCGCUUCGAGGGUUCCAUACCAUAGUCAAAGUUUGUCCAUGUUUUCACGUUUGAAAAUUUAAGAAUAUUCAUAUAUGCCAAUGUGUACUCGCUGUAUGUUAUGAAACUGUGUCACACAAAUAUUGUAUAUGCUUAGUAAUAGGUUAAACGAUACAACUUUUUGCGGAACCCUAUAAAGAUUACUUGUGUGAAAGAUCUCAAAAUGAAACCAAACUAGUCAUUAAAAUAAACAUGAAAGAUUAUUUAUUUUGCUUAGAUCACUUAUACGUCUAGAUAGAAUGUGACAGCUAUGGUAACGUCGAAAAAAAAUUGAAGUCUACUGUUAACCUCUAUUUUGAGUAAUGCACGCACACUAACACAAAGUGAUGUCCAAAUCGCGAGUAUACGACGUAGCUUGUCACGAACACUAAAAUAGCUAGAAAAUAGGCUGGCUAUUUUCAUCAGUUGUCUAGCAGCUAGAGGCUCUAUUUAGACGUUUAAAUGAUCAAGUUAUUUUGUUAAGAUUUAUUUCGCUAUAAAUAUGUCGCAGGGAAGUUGUGGAAAUUUUGUAUGACAUCCCAAAGCAAAAUGUUUUUAUUUAGCCAUGUUCGCGUUAUUAAAUAACCACGACUUAACACGAAACAACAUAUUAUAUAAAUCCUGCAGCUACUUAACCGUAACCAUAGCAAUAUAAAAAAUAAUUCACCUAAAUAAAUAAAUUUUUCAUAAUAUAAUUUCGGAACACCCUGUAAGUAAUAUAGUAGCCGAACCUUAGCAUAGGCACUGACCACUACUUGUCCCAAGCCGCGUCGUAGCCGUUCAGAACUCGUAGGUGAGUAGCGCCCACGUAAUGGUGAUUAAAAUUUUGUUUUUUUAAAUAAGUAUAUAAUUUGUUUGUUUGUAAAUUUCAAAAAUUUUUUGAUUACGGCUAAGUAGUUGUACUGUUGUGUUUUAUUUUAUUUUAAUCGCCAAUGUAGUGCCACGCUGUACACUAGCGAAACGUGGUGGCACAAAAUGAUAGAGCAGUAUUGUCAAUAAGGCGCGCUCGCUUGCACUAACGGGUCAUAUAUGACGUAAUGGCGGGCUAUUUAAAACGGUCAGGCAAAAAUAACUAUUUGCCGAGACGCGUUGCUGCUACUAUAGCAUAACUUAAAAUGAAACUAAAUAUCAGAAAGAACUAUAUGAGAAACUGAGCACUACACUACCGAUAUAAAAUCCAUAAUUUUAUUUGUGAAAUUUGCCGUUAAAAUACACGAGAAUCAAACAGUAACUGUUCAAACGCACUUGGCGAGAAAAUUUAAAUUGUUUCGUUGCGUUUUUAGUUGGUUGCUUCUCCGAAAUAUUCACUCUGAAAGACUGGAUGCGAGAUACAAAGAAAUAUUUACUCGCUGUCAAAGUAACAGUUACUUAUAGAUUGGCCUAGAGCUACGCACAAAAUUUUCACUAACCGUAACGUAUUCGCUAGCGACCUUAUUGACAAACAAAUAAGGAUUUUAUUAAGCACUGACUAACACUGACAAAAACAAACAAAAUAGCGUCGAGCACUGGCACAAAUGAGUAAUAGUCUAUACACUACACGGUCAGCUGCUGCGAACUAUAGGCGCCGCCCGACCGUCACGCGACAUGCAACACACAGAUGAAAAAGUUUGAGACGAUGUAAUGAAUGUUUCACUUUAAAAUUUAUUUAACCAUGGUUAUCUAUCAAAGUGCCGCUAGAUUUGAAUUAUAUAUAUAUACAUAUAUAGAUAGAUUUCUUAAAGGUUGUUCCGAAAUGAUAUUAUGGAAAAUUAAUUUACAAUUAUGUGUUAUGUACAUGUUAGAAGUGAAAGCUGCAUUGUGCAUGAACCUCUAAACUGCAUAUGAAGUCCUGGUACAUGUUGCUAGGAUGACGCAUGAUUUCAACAGCUAUGAAAUACAUUACUAUCACCGCUACCAUAUUUAUGUUCUCCUGGUGUCUAUGUAGUAAUACGUCGUGUGUAUGACGUAAAUGUAAUACGGUAUACUCGCGUCAUACAUAAGACAAUCUCUUCUUCGACUAUGAUCGCCUGGUACCAAAACAUUGUAUAAUGCUUCCUAUCACAUAUUCUCCCUUUUUAAAUCUUAUGAAUUUAUGUGUCUGUCUCUUUUUAGUGUCGCUUUUACGUUUCAUCGAAUUUCAAAUCACAACGAAGAAGUUUUCACUUCUAAAACCUUUGUCAGGUGCGGGGGUUCGCACCCACGCGCUUUUCCGGGAACCAGAGCUUAAAUCUUGGGCCUCAUACAACUCUGCCAUCCUGACUUAAAAGCAGUAGUUGAAAUUGAUGAUUCAAAUUUACCUCUACCCCGCGGCCGGCGAAAGUAUAAUGCGACAUGCGAUUGAUGAACUAAAUAAUUUGAGGCGGUGUAAUAAAAGUUUAACUUUAAAAUACAAAAAUAAUUUAUUUCUCGCGACAUUGCUUACUAUAUAUUUAUGGAAAUUGAGGCAUUUUAUUAGCUUGCUUUAUUGUUUUGAAUGGAGGAUGUAAUUAAUAUGAGCUUCUAUGUCCUAUAUUGCUACCAUUAAAUGAUUUGUACGGGAUGAAAAACGUUAUUAUUUCCCUAAAACAAUUGCUGAAUUAUUUUAUAUAGGUCAAUAAAGCUAGAUUAAUUUCUCAAAGGUCGAUUAGUUAAUUCUUGUUUAUUAUUUUUGUAAAACUGCUGCAAUAAAUAUACUAAACUUCCAUCGGUACUGAAAUAAUUUUUCUAUUACCGACCUAUUAAAUUAUUUUUAUUUUUAUAUUAGAGGUAAUGAUAGCGUGGCUUUUCAUCCCGUACAAUACUGAGAUGAUUUAAAAAUAGUUUUUAAUUGUCUAUAUUUGUGUACAGUUUAUGAUUUAGUUUAACGCAACCGAAUGUCAUUGCGGCGGGCACUGGGCGUUACCUAUCUACAAAAGUAUAUUUUGUUAUAAUUACAGAAAACUGUUUUUGAACUUAUUUUUAUAACCUUAUGUGAUUUAACUUUGAAUUGAGAAGAGUCCUUUAUAUAGUAUGUAUAUUAAUUCGGUUAGUGCAUCAAGUUAAGCGGGAUAGACAGAUACUUGACAGGAAUAAGGGACCAUCUGCAAUGAUUGAGAAGCACAAUUGCUGUGCAGUCUGUGCCAUCCGCAAUGACAGCUGUCAGAAUGUUUACCAAAAACUGACUUUGACAUCUGUUGGAAGUUAAGGCAAAGUCCCGUAGUUGUAUUAUUUUUAAGAAAGUUUAUUAUUGUGACGUGUAGAGUAUAUAAUUGUUAAUAUUAAAGAUUUUAGUGUA